AUGGCCACGGGUGAUAACAGAAAAAUCUGGUCGAAAGUUGCCAUCGGACCAAAGACGAUCGAUAUUGUCGUCCAUGAAGAUUUUCAAUGUAUUGUUCAUAUCAACCGUAGUGAAUUCAAAGAGAUUCCAGCUCCAUUUCUAAGUCGAUUUCAGAAAUAUUCGUUAUCGAUUAAAGACUUCUAUCAAAUCUGUUGGGUCAAACUUCCCAUCGAAGAACAGAAACUUAUGGAAAAUGUUGAAGGAAAAGCUCAAUCAUUUAUCGAACAUGUUGGUCAACAAUACUUCUAUGGUCUAACUUCAAAUACACUUUAUUCGUGCUUAUUUGGAUUGAUCGAGAAAAAUGAUGAAGAAGACCGUGAUAAAAUUUAUAUCCUCAAUCUGUCGAUCAUUGAAAAUUCUACUGAAUUUGAAGAACAAUUUGCAAAAUACGAAAACGAUGCUGAGAAAAAUUUGCUGUUGAUUGUGAUCAAUGGUCGCGCCAAUCAACAACGUUUGCACAUUCCCUACGUUCGACAGUUAGUUGAAAAAGUUGAUUAUCGAUGUAACGCACAAAAAGAAGAUAAUUUUAAACAUUUUCUUCUGCUCGUCCAUUCACCAGCACAAACAAUUUAUCACCAACCAUCGUUUACAGCGAUAUUUCUCCAUAAUUGGGAUUUUCAUUUCUUCGAUACGUGUUCAUCGAAUAAUUCAUUUUACAUAAAGAAUUUUCUUCAGAUUCUCACCUCAUCAUACGAUCACACAGUAAAUCAAGACGAUAAUCAAAUACUUUUUGAUUACAAUGCUCUGUUUGACGAUUGUCUUUGGGAUUUCUAUUCGCGAAUUCAAAUUGCUGUUCAACAAUUACCACGAGAAUUAUUCGCCGAUCGACUUGCUUACGAAUUUUAUCAACGUCAAACGGGUACAUUUCGACGCGUCCAAUAUAUUCUUUGUGGAAAACGUUUUGAUGGUCUUGUCGAUUCAAUUCAAUCUCAAACUCGACUUUCAUUUACCAAUUUCAUAUGUAAUAUAUUAAAAUGUGUCGUCACUGAUUAUGGAUUAGAAACUUUACCCAAACUUUCGAAUAUCAACGAUGGUUAUGAUACAAUGUUGAAUCUAAUCGAUCAUCAUAUAUCAACAUUAAAUGACGAAGAGAACGAAUUACUUUCAAAUAACACUCAAACUGUUUUUCAAUUAGUGACACAUUAUGCAUGUAUUCCUCAAGCACCACUCUACCAUCCUUUUCAUCAACGAAUCAAAUCUUAUUCAGAUGAAAUAAAAAUGAAAUUCAUUCAAAAAACAGCCGAGCAAAAGCGUAAGUCAAACAAAAGAUCAAAUUUUGGUGAAAAUUGUCGAUUUCGUUAUUUACAAAGUCAACUGGAUGAAAUACGGAGCAAAGAGAAAUUAGAACCUCCCGCGGAUGAUACGAUGGAUGAUGAUGUUUAUGAUGAUGAGACUAUCAACCACGAGAACGAUGAUGAAGAACAAUUCCAAAUUCAAACGGGUGAAAGUGACAACAACUACGUCCUCGUUAAUACUCGCAUUGAUUAUCAGUAUCGGUCUGAUAUUCUCAACGGCAUGUGUUUAUACAGCUUUGUUAGCUCAUUAUAUAAGAAGAAAAUCAAUGCAGCGGAUCGGAAAUAUCCAGCCAGGAUUGCAGUACCCAGUGAUGAAACUGUUCAUCACAAAGGCCACCCACCCAACAAACGUUAUUCAUUUCAAAAACAGCAUCCGCAAGCAUCGACACAUCUCUUAGUCGAACAUAGCCAGUCUCGCGUACCUGUUCUCUAUGGCCCUCAAAUUCCGCGACAGGAUCGCGAUGAUACUCAAGAACGAUAUAACCUUAUCGCGGAAGCUCAAGCCGACAAUGGAUCGAUUGAUCCAAUGGUUUUGCCAGCUAAUCCAACCGUUCAUGGCGAAUAUGCUAUGGACAAUAGCGAUGAAUUGCUUGAGCUGUUAGGCAGUUUAGACGAGUACACAACUGCUGCAGCCAAUGCCUCCAAAAAAUCCACAGAGAGUAUAUACAUAGAAGAAACAAUCGAAGCUGUUGAGAACGUUGGCCGCUUCACCGACAUGCAUGCUCAUGAAUUACGUACUUUGAAUGAAGAAACUCCUCAUGUGGGCCAACAGCUCGCGCCAUUUGUUUCAGCAACAUCCGAGCAUGUUCGCCUUAAUGCACAGUGGCAAGAACAGCUGAAAUCUGAGAGAGAGCGAGUUAGACGAAGUUUGAUCACAGGCAACUAUGGCAAAGAAGAUAAUACGUUGGAUUUACAUGCAGUACAGAAUGCCGUUGUAACUGUGGCAGAUUCAAAUAAUCAUGAUACAAAUGAAUUUCAAAAUCACGGUUCAAUACUUCCAGUAGCUUCAGUCGCAACUCAAUUUCCUUCCCAGAAAAGCGUCGCUGAUGAAUUUACACUGAACAGAGAACAACGAGCAGCAUUCAUGAUAAUCACCAGUCAUCUUGAUGGUGAUAGCCGAUCUCGCACAGGUAUCUCUGCAGAAGUCACACUGAUUUAA